CUAAUGACUUAAAUAAACUUAUAUUUCAAGUGAAAGUAAAGUAGGAGCGUCUCUUUAUAUAUAUCAACCAAUCAAUCAGCUGUAGAUGAUAGAUGAAUAAGUAACACUCAAGUAACUUAACGCACAGAGAAUGUCUUCUUGUUUAUUAUCCCCUGUAAAAACUGAAAAGCAAAUAUUGGAAGAUUCUAUGCCAGAGGAUGACCCCAAUUGUAAUUCUGAUGUGAUUAAAGAGGAUUUUAUACAAGAAGAUUUCUCAAAGCCACGAUGGGGUCCAAAUCAUGCUGGCGCUAAGGAACUUGCUGGUUUAUAUACCAGAGGUAAAAGAACACAAGAAAUCAUCAGCAUUUUUCUGUGCCUUGCAUUGAUGGCAAUCAAUUUCGCCCAUCUUCUUUACUUUUUCCAGCCUAGUCAGUGGAGCUCCAUCCUCAUUUCUGCCUUGUGUGGUGUGAUACUUGCUGAUUUUUUGAGUGGCUUAGUUCAUUGGGGUGCUGAUACUUGGGGCUCUGUUGAUGUGCCUAUCAUUGGAAAGGCUUUCAUCCGUCCAUUUCGGGAGCAUCACAUAGAUCCAACGGCCAUCACCAGGCACGACUUCAUAGAGACCAAUGGAGAUAAUUUUAUGGUGACCAUACCAUUUCUAGGAUACAUGGCUUAUCAAUUUUUUAGUUAUUCAGCAGAGAAGAUUCUUCGGCUUUAUCAUUGGAAUUGCUUUGUCUUCCUCUUGGGCAUUUUUGUUGCCAUGACCAAUCAAAUCCAUAAAUGGUCUCAUACAUACUUUGGCAUACCAUACUGGGUUACAUUGCUUCAAAACUUCCACAUCAUCCUGCCUCGACGCCAUCAUCGCAUCCACCACGUCGCACCCCAUGAGACAUACUUCUGCAUCACCACAGGCUGGCUGAACUAUCCCCUUGAGAAACUCAACUUCUGGUCCUUCCUUGAGAACGUCAUCCAAGGGAUCUUCCACUGCAAGCCCCGGACUGACGAUCUGAAAUGGGCACAACGGAAGGACUAGUCCAUUCCUCCACCACCCCAAAAAAAUGCUUUUGCUAAUGUGCCUCAUAUUUUAUACAAAAUGAAUUAAUACAGUCACUUUUCAUAGGUGCCAAUACUUCUCCCAAUUUAAUAAUUCAGAAGCUUUACUCUUUUGCCAUUA